AUGGUUCGUAGAAGUGCCUCACCAAAACCAUCAGCCCCAGUUCGGUCAGCUCACAGACCUGCACCAGCUGCAGCUCCAACUCCAGCUUAUUCAGCUGCACCAUCCCGCCCAGCUUAUUCUCCACCGCCAGCAAACCAUGCAGCUCCACCACCAACUGCAGCUCCAUCUCAAGGACCUGGUUUGAUGGCUCAAAUGGCUGCAACUGCUGGAGGAGUUGCUAUCGGAUCUGCUGUUGUAAGUUUAUGAUUUUGGGAACGGAUGUGAAAAUCAGUAAAUUUGAAACGUUUUUAUUUUAAAGGGGUUGUCCUGCUACAGGGAAACUUAGGCUUAAUCGAUAGAGCUAAGGUGCUCCUGAAACAUUCCAUAUUUAAUUUUGAUUCUAGAGUGAUUUUUCACCAUUUUAUUCAUGUUUUUCUCAGGUUUUAAGGUUUUAGUGCAUAAAAAACAUGUGUGCUCUUCACACAGAUAAUUUAUUUGUGUGUAUUUCUCGCAAAAUGCAUUUCCUAACAUUUUUAAACGAUGGAAGGCGAUUUUAAUCAACUUCAGGAUUGCUUAUAGUUAGUCCAAAAAUGUGACGCACAAUUGCGGACUUGAUUUUUCAUUUAGAAAGACACCCCCUUUAAAAAUUGAAAGGGUACCGGUUCGAAAAAAAAUUUUUAUCUUUUUUUUUCAAUAUUCCAAGUUUGUGUAACAAAAACCUUUUUUUUUAAUUCAUUAGCUUUAAGUUUUUCUUCGAUAAUUUCUCAAUAUUAGGUUGGAUUCCUAAUCAAAAUAAGAACUUCUAACAUAAGAGUUUAUCUAUGAAUGUUUGCGAUUGAGAAUAAUUUUGUUACCGAGUGAAAAUUCCAAAGCUUCAAAAAAUCAAUCUUUAAAGAAAUCCCAUGAUUCCAAUUGUUGAUUCAACCUCCUGCAAAAUCCCAAGACAAAAUCGUUUUUCCAGGGUCACGCUGUCGGAAACAUGUUCACCGGUGGUUCAUCUCACUCUGAACAAGCUCCAGCUCCAGUUCAACAACAAGCCGCUGCUCCACAAUCUCAAGCCUAUUCUCAACCAUGCGAAUUCGAAUGGAAACAAUUUGUUGAUUGGUAAGCACUUCCAUUUGCAAAAUUAAAAAGAAAUUCGAUAUUUUUCAAAAGUUGUUCAUUUUGAAAAGUGUCAAUGACAUUCACAAACAUACGUUUUUUCUAUGAAACAAAUCAAAAAAUAUUUGUUUUUGAAAUUACUUUUUUGUUUUAAAUUGUCCUCUCUUUUCCCCUAUAAUAAAACGACCUUCAUUUCAUUGUUUUUCUUUUUUCAGCGCUCAAAACCAAUCUGAUGUCUCAUUGUGUAAUGGAUUCAACGAGAUUUUCAAGCAAUGCAAAGCCAGAUAUGCCUAA